AUGGACGAAAGAGAAGCCGAAGACACUGGUGAAAAUCAGGAUGAGUCUCGAGAAGGUCGCAAGAUUCCGGAAAAUCCGUUUAUGUUAGUCGAAAUAAUCGCAAAUAAAAAAGAUCGUAAACGCGUUGCAAAUUAUCUUAACUGUAAUAUUGGAGGUGGGGAUCCUUCUACUUGUAUAUGUUAUAUGGAAAUUGUUAAACGGUAUGGUUUUGAUCAUAUCAUUAUCAUCGGGGAACGUUACGCUGGAAUUCUUUUCCUGGACUGCUACGGUCGUGUGUUCGAAUGGGAAUCAAUGUGUAAUGUUUUAUGGUCGCUUGGGGAUUAUAGGAAUGAGGCGACGAAGGAGUCUCGGACUAGUCGUGUAAUAUGGGGUUUAGAGUCCGAUGGGACUAUUGUUGAAUUUGAGGACGUUAAGGAUG